AUGCCCAGUUCUACUGCAAUGGCAAUUGGAGCUCUCUCUAGUUCUCUUCUCGUAACCUGCUGCCUCAUGGUUGCCCUCUGUAGCUCUACCAUACCUGUACAAAAACUGGCCAAGGCUCAAGACAAACAGGAGAUAAAAGCAAGCCAGGAAAAGAGGGAUCACACAUCUACAAGGGAUAGCCAGACAGGCCCAGGGAAAAUGAGUGAGAUCGGCAGGAGCGGGAGGGAGGAGGGCAGCAGGGACUGGAAGAGCAAAGGUAACAGGAACUACUCGAACAAGGAGUCUUGGACUAAGCAAAAGCAGGCUUGGAACAGCCAGGGGACGAGCAGUAAAUCUGGGAGCGUCCAAGUGCAAGAGCAAAGGGAUGCCGCUCCCGAGGAACCUCAGGUGGCCGAAGAUCUGGACCUCCCAGAAGCUGUUGCCAGCGUCACUCCCGAGCCCCCAGAGGAGUACGCCUACCCGGACUACCGUGGGAAGGGCUGCGUGGACGAGAGCGGCUUCGUCUACGCCAUCGGGGAGAAGUUCGCGCCGGGCCCCUCCGCCUGCCCCUGCCUCUGCACCGAGGAGGGCCCGCUGUGCAUCCAGCCCGAGUGCCCCCGGAUCCACCCGCGCUGCGUCCAUGUGGACACCACGCAGUGCUGCCCGCAGUGCAAGGAGAGGAAGAACUACUGCGAGUUUCGAGGGAAAACCUACCAAACCCUGGAGGAGUUCAUGGUUUCUCCCUGCGAGAAGUGUCGCUGUGAAGCCAAUGGUGAAGUGCUGUGCACGGUCUCGGCGUGUCCCCAGACAGAGUGUGUGGAUCCGGUGUAUGAGCCCGACCAGUGCUGUCCCAUCUGCAAAAAUGGCCCAAACUGCUUUGCAGAAACGACUGUCAUCCCAGCAGGCCGGGAGGUGAAAACUGAUGAAUGCACUAUAUGUCACUGUACUUACGAAGAAGGCACUUGGAGAAUUGAACGGCAAGCUAUGUGCACUAGACAUGAAUGCAAACAAAUAUAGGAAAUCUACAAAUCAAAGUACUUUUCGUGGUUUUUAUAAAAUAUCUCACAGCAGUGAGCACCACAGAUGACCCAGGGAAAUCAGAAUGAGAAGAUUUGGUGAGGAGCAAAGAAUAAAAGAUUGGUAUUUUGUUUUUCAAAGUAACAUGAUACUGCAAGGCAGAGAAGUGCAUAUAUUUAAAACAUUUGGACAUACAAAUACGUGUCUUAAUAAAUGUGUUAUUUUCACAGUGAGUACACUAAAAUACACUCUAUAAAAUAUUCUAUGUAUUUCUAUAAUACCAUUAUAGAGCUUAAAAUAAAUGUUUUAUAUAGACAGUACAGAUUAAAGUACUCU